AUUUGGCAACUUCGACGCAGGCAGGAUUGGAAGGCUUCGCUGUGUGUGCGUGUCCGUGUGUGCGUGUAUGUGUGGGUGUGUGUACGGUGAACCCAUGCCUGCGAAGUGCAAACAGUCUUUUCGUGGCCGCGUAUUUGAUGGAUCUUAUUGAAGACAGCUCUACAGACUUUGAUUUUCUUUUUGCCAGUAUAAUGGGACUCUUGGAUGUGAUGAUCAAGUGAUUUAAGCUGGUGUGCGUGUGUGUGUGAUGGCGGAGCUUCCAUCUGGUCUUUUGGAGGCGUGUGUAGUCAUCGGAGCCUCAAGUGAUAAACUUCGCGAGAUAUACCAGCUUCACCAGCAUGGUAAUUCCAAAGAACUCCCCCUGCUGGAAGCCGAGGUACUGCAGGUCCAUGCCCCGCCUUUUGUUUCUAAGGAGACCAGCUCCAGCCAGGCGAUUGGUCCAGCUUUCAGUCGUGUCCAGAGGAGGAGGAGCUUCAUCAAGAAGAAAAAACGAGAUCGUCCCGUGGAUGAUCCGGUUAAUGGAGAAUCGGCAAAAAAUGCUGAGGCAUCGUCCACCAACGACGACAUCAGUGUUCCCAAGGACCUCGACCUCAUCGCCCUACCUCAGCUCUGUUUCCCUGGUGGUCUCCAGCUAGCCACUGAGCAGAAAGAAGACUCUUAUCACUUCCUGGUCUUCACAGACCUGUUUGGGAAUCGAACCCACGGAGUGGUCGUACAGCAUCACAGAUCUGUACAGAUGUCUCAUGAAAGCAUUGCCCAGAAUGGCAGCAUCCAAAGGAGAAACUCCUCACGCCUCUACGCUCCCUUCGCUAUCUGCAUCAUCUCCAAGUUCCCUUACUACAACGCCCUGCGAGACUGCCUGUCCUGUCUGCUGGUACAGUUGCGGCUGGGCAGGCAGUCAGAGUUUGAGGAGACGGUGAAGGAGGUUUCUGCCAAGCUGUCACUGGUACCCCUCCCUCCCCCUGGUCAGCUACACGUGUCGUUCAGUCUGCGCCCCCUCCAGAUCGUCCUCCCGUCCAGAGAGGCCCAGGACAGACCGGUGAUCGACAUCAACCUCCACCUGCCUCUGCUCUGCUUCACAGACGCCAUGCUGCUGCAGGUCCUGUCCUGCCUCCUACAAGAGCAGAAAGUGGUUCUGUUCUCCUCUGACUGGGCUCGACUCACUCUGUUGGCAGAGAGCCUUCUGCUGUACCUGCAGCCUCUCUCCUGGCAGCAGCCCUACGUCCCUGUCCUGGCCAAAGGCAUGCUGGACUUCCUCAUGGCUCCCACCGCCUUCCUCAUGGGCUGCCACGUCAGCCAUAUUGAAGAGGUCGCCGCAGAGACAGACGACCUGAUCCUGGUGAACAUUGACGACGGCAGCAUUCAGACCUCGUGGGCGGAGCAAAUGGUCCUUCCCUGCAUCCCCCUGGCUGCUGCCGAAUGCUUUGCGUCACGGACGGAGAGUCUCCAGCUGCACUACGACCUGGAGCUGUGCCACGCGGGCGCGGGCACGGACGCCAACGAGCGGCGGGCCCACCGCAGGGACUGGCAGCACCGCCUCAACACCCAGAUCCAGAACAUCGCCCUGGAGCUGGUGCUCAACAUCUUCAGGGAUGUCCAGGACUACCUGAACUACGAACACAGAGUGUUUAACAGCGAAGAGUUUCUGAGGACCAGGGAACCCGGAGAACAGACUUUCUACAAGACGGUAUUAGACACCCACAUCUUCCACUCUUUCCUGAGGGACAGACUAAACAGGAAGAUCGACGCCUACAGCCGCAUGGAGAUCAACACACGUAACAGUGCGCCCAGGAACCGAGUCAUGACGGAUUCCCCGCGCCGGCCCCCCAUGUCGGAGCUGUCCCGGAGCGGGUACAGCGGCCCCGAGCACCGGCUGAGCAGGAGGCUGGGGGCCAGCCUGCCCAACCUGGACCAGUCCCCCGCCGACAGCAUGAAAGCCCUCAACUCCCACAGGCUGAACUCACUCCGCAAGAUCACCCCAGACACUGGUCUGAAGUUCAACCAGAAGCCGGUGAAGGUGUUCCGGCUGCCAGAGUUCCCCCCUCCUCUGGCCUACCACUACGUCCAGAACUACUACCAGGACAUGGUGGUUUCCCUGGGGAAGGCAAUCAGCGCCACACCGCCGGAUGACUCCUCCCUGCUAGCCAGGUACCACUACCUGCGGGGCCUGGUCAACACGGUGUCCAACAAGCGUCUGGACGCCCUGGAGGACUUCCAGAGUCUGUACAAGACGGACGCAGAGAUCUUCCCCCCUCAGAUGGUCAAGGCCCUGGUGGACUCCCUGCCCGCCAGCGAGCGAGCCCAGGCAGAGAAGCGGCCGGAGCUGAAGCACUUCAUCAGCCGCAUCAAGCGGGAUCAGGAGCGGGAGCGGUCCCGCAGCGACAACAACGACGAGGAGGGCGCCAUCAAGCGCUUCAAGCUGCCCAAGAAGCACAUGCAGCUGGAGGAGUUUGUCAAGUGUGUGCAGGAGUCCGGCAUGGUGAAGGACCAGGACACCAUCCACAGUCUGUUUGAUGCCCUCACCGUGGGCCAGCAGAAGCAGGUGGGUCCUGAUCUGUUCAGGGUCUUCUACACCAUCUGGAAGGAGACGGAGGCUGAGGCCCAAGAGGUGUGUCUCCCGGCCUCGGUGCUGGAGCACCUGGAGCCCAGUGAGUGUGUGUUCAAGCUGUCGUCGUCGGUGAAGACCAGCCGCGGUGUGGGCAAGAUCGCCAUGACGCAGAGACGCCUCUUCCUGUUGACGGACGGUCGCCCCGGUUACGUGGAGGUGGCCCAGUACAGGGACAUAGAGGAUGUGAAGGUGUCCUCGGCCCCCCUCAUGCUGCUGAGGAUCCCCAGCCUGAAGCUGCGCGUGCGGGGCAGGAAGGACGCCUUCGAGGCCAACCUGAAGACGGAGGCGGAGCUCUGGAACCUCAUGGUGAAGGAGAUGCGGGCGGGCCGAAGCAUGGCCGACCUGCACAAGGAUCCCCAGUACAUGCAGCAGGCCCUGACCAACGCCUUGCUCAUGGACGCCGUGGUGGGCAGCCUACAGAGCAACAAGGCCAUCUACGCUGCCUCCAAACUAUCCCACUUUGACCGCAUAAGGACGGAAGUGCCGAUGAUGGUUCCCCAGACGACGGCGGAGGUUCUGAAACACAAGAUCAACCCUUCCCUGGAGCUCACUACCCCUCACGCUGUAGACGUUCUGCUGUACACACCAGGUCAGCUGUGGGUGUCGGUGAGCGGGGGUAAGGUCAUGGUGUUCGAUGCCUCCACCUGGUCCAUCACACACACCUGUCUCCAGGUCGGAACCGCUCGACUGAACUGCAUGCUGGAGGUGGACUCGGACCAGGUGUGGAUGGGCUCUGAGGACUCUGUGAUCUACAUCAUCACCGUGGCGACCAUGGUGUGCAACCGACAGCUGACCGAGCACCGGACCGAAGUCACUGGCCUGACCCUGGGAACGGACAAGUACAGCCAGAAGGUGGCGUACUCGUGCAGUGCGGAGGGCAAUGUCAUGCUGUGGGACUUGGCUACGCUACAGGUGAGGAAACAGUUCCGUCUGUCCUGUGACCGCCUGCUGUCCGUCUGCAAUCACAAUGGAGGCCUUUGGUGCUGCUCUAGGGACAGUAUCAUAGAGGUGUGGAGGAACGGUUCCCUGAAGCACCGCAUGAGCCUCCCUGAGCAGCUCAAAGGAGCCGGCACUGCCUUCAGCUCCAUCCUGCUGCUACCUGAGCUGGAGGAGUUGUGGAGUGUGUGCAUGGACUCGGGGGAGGUGUGUGUGUGGCACAUCAAGGACGCUACCAGACCCUACCACCGGGUGGAGCUGCAGGACUGUAGUGGCUGUUUCUGCAUGAUCAGGGUUAAGAACCAGGUGUGGAUCGGGGGCGUGGCCCGCAGCUCUCUGAAGGGUAAGGUGUACAUCCUGGACGCGGAGCGCCACCUGGUGCUGAAGGAGCUGCACGGCCACGCCGACCGCGUCACCGCGCUCUGCUCCGCCGAGGACCGCUACGCCCUCAGCGGCGCCGGGAAGCUCGAUGGCAAGGUCGCCAUCUGGAAGGUGGAGUAGGCGGAGCCUGAGGGAGGCUCGCCACUGCCAGAGAUAGGUUCGGGGGAAGCAUUUUGUGAGGACCUCCGUACCAGAGAGCCUUUCCUUGUGGGGACCCAGACUAAACAGUGGGAGAACGCUGGGCAUGAAGGCCGGGAGCCUCUCUCUUGUGGAUGUACCUGGGAUGAAACGGUCCUCGUUCCAUCCAGGACCGGGGUCAGGACCUGGGUAAUGAGGACUUCCUGUCAUGAAUGGAUAUCCUCGUUGGGACUUCACGGAGUACAGGACCCCUGGGAAUGACGGCAAGGAGAACCAUGAUCACACACGCAUCUCAUCACUCAAAUGGGGACGUUGGAAUUUUCUCAUCCAAUAACGUCCCAUUCAAUACACGUUUGUGUAUUGAAUUGAGAUGUUUGUUGAAAUAAACUGGAAGUGUACAAAAGGAGAACGGCUUGUUCGGAUAAUUCAAGCAAGUGUUUCUGACUUUAAUGGAACAAAAAAUUAGGAAGACCUUUCGGAUCUUUUAGUUCAAGAAAACCGACGUUAAGCAUGUUACUACAGAAUCAAUGGUGAUCGACAACUUCUCACUAUAGCGACGACAUGCACAUGAACAGACCAGUAUUACCGUGUGUGUGUGUGUGCGUGCGUGCGUGCGUGCGUGCGUGCGUGCGUGCGUGCGUGCGUGCGUGCGUGCGCAUACAACCCCUUUAUGUACCAAAGAUGUGCCAAAAUAAGAUGUCAAUAAAUUUAUAUUUUACAAAAAAUAAUUAUAUAUUAGGAACAAGAGUAUUACAACAUAUGAUUCACAAUGAAGGUAAUAUCAGCUUUGGCCUAUUUUAUAAUUCAUUGAAAACACACCUUUUGAAAAGAUUUACAACUUUUUGACCGCAAACUACUUCGAUAUGCAAUGCAAAAUGAAUGAGGAUGUUUGGCUUGAAAUUGCUGCAACUGAUGGAACAUUCCUUUUUCAAACGAUUCCAAUGAAUUGAAGGCUUAAAGAAUGACCUUAUGAUAACAUUAAAAUGGCUGCCAUACUAUCAGUUAUCAUUAAAAAAGAUUUCCCCUCACUGAAGUUCAACUCAAAAACGUCCAUCGUUGCAUUGUAUACAUUUGUUAGUUAUAUAAUAUUUAUGUUAAGGCUCAAUCGGGCCAAAUAACUUUUCCAUUCUGGCUUUCAACAUAUUUUCGUAUCGAGAACAAACUGCUUUUAAGUGAAAAAGGUGGUUAAAGUAUUUCUGACAAGGCAAUGUGAAACAUGACCAGUUAACAAAACGUAAUGCUGACCAACAACUAGAAUAUUUUUCAAACAAUGGCUUUUAUGCUUUAAUAUGUGAAUUCGAUAGACUUAAAUACUUAUCAUUUAUUGUUACGCCAUUUUCUGUCGGGCUACUUUAUUCUACUUUAAAUGCACAUUUUUAUUUACCAUUUGUUUCAUCUUGCACUUAAACUUCACAACUGGAGCCUUAAAUCAAACACUGCCAUGUAUUAUAUUUUUUCUUUAAUCCAUUUAGCAUAUAUGGAACACUACGUUGUCUUUAAUAUAUCAAACUGUUUUGAUGAAGGGCAUUGUUUUAUUGCAACAUAUUUAUAAACUGCACAUGUAUGUUUGUGUUUUAGAUUUAUAUACUCCAUGUGAUUUAGGUUGGUGACACACUUCACUUGUAACGUAUAAGUUAGUUAUCGAUGAGUAUUAUAGCCCAAAAUAAGAUUUCAGUUUUACUUUAUCCUCGUUUUAUUCAACCUUGUUGUACAUAAUAAACAAGCCAUUUGACAACCCUUUA